UUUGGGCAGCAGUGAGCGCUGCUCUGCGUCUGAAGGGAAGCUUGCCGUGCCAAAGCAGGCGGAGUCGGAAACGCGAAAGCCCAGCGCUCCUUAUACUCCCUCCCCCGCCGGAGGUGUGAACGAUCGUGGUGGAGCAGCUCAGGGAGCCGCCGUGAUCGACUGCCCCAGAAAAGCGCUGCGUUAUCCGGACGGAGAUCCAGCCGCCAGUUGGUCGUCCCGUUGUUCUUGCAUUUAAGCGCAUCAGGUGGAGCCGGUGUGACAUUACACGAGCUCUUCCCUCUCUUCUCAAAUAGAGGACGAAUUCCCCCAGUCGCCCCAGGAAUAUCUCCCUGGAUAUUUACCCCAGAAAUGGACGGUUUCGCCGGUAGUUUAGAUGACAGUAUUUCUGCGGCGAGCACAUCAGACGUGCAGGACCGCCUGUCGUCUCUGGAGCUGCGGGUGCAGCAGCAGGAAGAUGAGCUGACGGUGAUGAAGGCCGCGCUGGCAGACGUGCUCAGACGUCUGGCUCAGUCGGAGGACUCCGCCGCGGCUGCCAAAAAACAGCAAAGCAGCAAAGGUCAGACCCCGCUGCGAGAGGCUUAUUCAAUGUCCUGUAUUGCCAAUGGCAGUUCCAGCGGCCGCAAAUCUCACAGAGAUAGUUCCACAGUGUCCAUAGCCAAGAAAGAGACACUCUCCUCCGCCGCCAAGAGUGGUGGUGAGCGGAAAAAAGACAAGUCUCCGAUGGAGGGUAUCAAGGAGAAAGAGGAGCCGCCACAGGCUAACGAUAAAACCCCCUCAGCGCCCAGCACCCCUCAGGCACCGUCCCCUUCCAGCAACCCCCCCUCCCCUCAUCCCCCACAGCCCCAAAGACAGCUUUCGGAGAACAAGGGGUCAACCCCGGCCAAAAGCAGGGGUAGCAGUGCGAAGCGUGGAGGAAUGGAGCGUUCUCAGAGUAGCACGUGGGACAGCGGAGAGGAGAGCAGGAAUAAGCUGGUGAAAGCAGCCUCCACCUCCAAACUGCUGUCCAAAGUGGUGAAGAAUGCAGAGAAACACAGAGAUCCAGUCAUCAGCCAAGCUAAAAUGUCAACCCGUGAAAAAAACAGUCAAGGAAUCAAGAAGGGAGAAUAUAUUAAAAUGUUCAUGCGAGGACGACCCAUCACGAUGUUCAUCCCAUCGGACGUGGAGAAUUACGACGAUGUCCGCACCGAACUUCCCCCAGAGAGACUCAAACUGGAGUGGGUAUAUGGCUACAGGGGUCGUGACUGCCGUGCAAAUGUGCACUUGCUACCUACCGGGGAGAUCGUAUAUUUCAUCGCCUCGGUGGUUGUGCUCUUCAACUAUGAGGAGAGGACACAGCGGCACUAUUUAGGACACACUGACUGUGUCAAAUGUCUUGCUGUUCACCCGGAUAAGAUCCGUAUCGCCACAGGACAGAUCGCAGGCGUGGAUAAGGAUGGCAGGCCGCUUCAGCCUCACGUCAGAGUUUGGGACUCCGUCAGUCUGUCCACACUGCAGAUCAUCGGCCUCGGCACCUUUGAGAGAGGAGUUGGAUCCCUCGCUUUCUCUAAAGCCGACUCAGGCAUUCAUCUCAGUGUGAUUGAUGACUCUAAUGAGCACAUGCUCACUGUUUGGGACUGGCAGAAGAAAUCAAAAAUCGCUGAGAUUAAGACAACCAAUGAAGUGGUCUUAGUGGUGGAGUUUCACCCGACUGACGCCAACACCAUUGUCACAUGUGGGAAAUCACAUAUCUUCUUCUGGACCUGGAGCGGUUCCUCACUCACCCGCAAACAAGGCAUCUUUGGCAAAUAUGAGAAGCCCAAAUUUGUGCAGUGUUUGGCUUUUCUCAAUAAUGGAGACAUCCUGACCGGAGACUCCGGAGGAAUCAUGCUGAUAUGGACCCGCAGCACCGCUGAACCAGCACCGGGGAAAGGGCCGAAAGGAGCAUUUCAGAUCACGCGUCAGAUCAAGGCUCACGACGGCAGUGUCUUCACUCUGUGUCAGAUGAGGAACGGCACUCUGCUCACAGGGGGCGGCAAAGACCACAAGAUCAUUCUGUGGGACCACGACCUGAAUCCAGAGAGAGACAUCGAGGUCCCAGAUCAGUAUGGCACUAUUCGUGCAGUAGCUGAGGGCAAGGGUGAGCAGUUUCUGGUGGGCACUUCACGCAACUUCAUUCUGAGAGGCACCUUCAACGAUGGAUUCCAGGUGGAAGUGCAGGGACACACGGAUGAGCUGUGGGGUCUGGCCUCCCACCCGUUCAAGGAGCUGUUCCUCACCUGUGCUCAGGACAGGCAGGUGUGUCUGUGGAACUCAGUGGACCACACGCUGGAAUGGACCAGACUGCUGGACGAGCACGGGCAUUGCGCAGAUUUCCAUCCUAGCGGUUCGGUUGUUGCCAUUGGUACUCACUCAGGGAAGUGGUACGCUCUGGACGCAGAGACGCGAGACCUGGUGGCCAUUCACACAGACGGCAAUGAGCAGCUGUCAUUGUUGCGCUACUCUAUCGAUGGCACGCUGCUGGCAGUGGGAUCACAUGAUAACUUCAUUUACCUCUACACGGUGUCGGAUAAGGGACGCAAGUACAGCAGAUAUGGGAAAUGCACUGGACAUUCCAGCUACAUUACACAUCUUGACUGGUCUCCCGACAACAAGUUCAUCAUGUCCAACUCGGGAGACUACGAAAUCCUUUACUGGGACAUUCCAAACGGUUGUAAGUUGAUUCGUAACCGUUCUGAGUGCAAGGACAUCAACUGGGCCACAUAUACCUGCGUGCUAGGAUACCACGUCUUUGGUGUUUGGCCGGAGGGCUCAGAUGGGACAGAUAUCAAUGCACUUGUGCGAUCUCACAACAGGAAGGUGAUCGCUCUGGCUGAUGACUUCUGUAAAGUUCACCUGUUCCAAUACCCCUGCUCAAGACCGAAGGCCCCAAGCCACAAGUACAGCGCCCACAGCAGUCACGUGACAAAUGUGAGCUUCAUGCACAGCGACAGUCACCUGAUUUCAACGGGUGGCAAGGACAUGAGCAUCAUGCAGUGGCGUCUGGUGGAGAAGACCUCAUCCUUGGUGCACAGCGACUCCAGCUUGGGCCUGGGCGAUUCCCUGCUGCACAACUCCACCCCUCGCACCCUGCCGUCGGUACCCAGCGUUCCCCACACUCCUACUGAGCCCUUGCCGGUGCCAGCCUCGCUUCCCCUCAGCACCCAACCCGACACCAACACUCCCCCUCCCACUCCUCCCGAACCCCUGCACACGGUUACUUCUAAUGGACAGCAGGACGGCUCCCCUGAAACCCCACCCCCUUCCGAUGAGGCCACAUCCCCAUCUGACAGCACCCUGAGCCCCAAGGACAGCCUAGAGCCUAGCGAUGAUACGGCCACACCCAGUGAUGAGGGCACAACCUUUAACCCUCCCUUAUAAGGCAGUCCGACCCCUUCCCUCGCCUGCUCGAUAGCCCGCCCAAAGGCACCAGCAUGUCACUGCAGCCUUCCUGUCAGAUUACAAAAGCAGGGUCUCCUCAGUUUUUAUCCUUUCAAGAUUUUCUUUUCAUUUCGUGUCUUAGUUCCGUUGUUAUGUUGACAUUCAGUAGAUGUGGUUGUGGAGGCAUUGGUUUGGGUUGGAUGGUGAGAGAUUUGGAAAGAUUUAGAACACCUACAAGUUUACACUGAGACACACACAACCACACAAACACUAAUACACACAUCCAUAGACACAUCAGUAACUGUGAUGAAUUUAAAAAAAGAAGAAAACAAACGAUUUACCAGUUUAGAUACAAACAACAUGUUCAUAUAAACACACAAACGAGCAAAUACAACAUAAAAUGGACACAUGCUUUCAAUUAACUGUCAUUUGGCAUAUACAUCAAUAUAUUCAUUGAUUAAGGAUCAGCAACUAAGGGUGAGUUAAGUUGAAUAACUGAAACUUUUCCUCACUUUCCUCACCCAAAAAAAUUAA